UUCUACUUUCGAUUUUAAGUCUCGCUUAUUCACGGUUCCAGUCACGUGACUGAAUCUAAGCACAUAGGGAAACAACACUCGCACGAAAAUGGUCAAAAUUUGAUAAUUAUUAGUUCCAAUCAGAAGCUUGUGGUCAUGGGUGAUAAAAAAUCUCUUCGUCCUGAAGGUCAGUUUCAUACUCAGGAUGCAGACUUUGGCAUUUUCCAACCCAUGGCAGAGCCAAAUGUUCCCUCCUCAACAUAUCCUGGAUAUGCACCUUGGACACAAUUUAGUGGCAUCCCACCUUCUCCAGGAGAUGCAGCUUCCUUUGGAUGGGACAGUUUUGUAACUCCUCCUAACACACCAUCUGCUGGACAGAAUCUAGAUCUUAAUCAUCCAAACUAUUACUCCAAUUUAAACAAUGUAAUGCAGGCAAUGGGCAAGAAUAAUCCAAAUUUUGAUGCUAAUAUGACUAAUGAUACAGAUAAACUUGCUUCUACACCAGUUGCCCAGUCUCUCCUCGAAGCUCUUAGUUCACCAAACCCAGUACUUAACCCAAUGCAAGAUGGAAACAUGUCUUCAAUGCAGAAUCCCCUUGAAUUCAGCCAGACAAGUCAAGAUGGUUAUGAUAUUUAUGCUGAAGCUUUGAAAAAGUUGGGUUCUGGAUACCCUUCUUAUGAUCCAUUUGGAACAUCAGAUGUUUUAAACAGUUCACCUUCUGCCACACCUCCACCUAGAGAGGUUGAUCAGCAAGGCAAUACGAAACCAAGCUUUGCUGAAGUUGCGAAAACAUUGAAAACUAGUCAAAGUUCUACUAAGGAAAGAGAUGAUCCUGAGACAGGGAAAAGAAGAUCAUUGGAAAAUUCCACAUCAAGGUCAUUUAAGGGAAAUAAAAAAUUUGUUCCAAGACCAAUAAGGGGUAGGAAUAACAGUGUCCCAGAUGACAUGUGCAGAACAACAGUGUCACCAGAUUCAAAAUAUGGUCUAGAUGAUUUUGGAGAUGUGGAAAUCAAGAAGAAUGAGAAAGAAGAAUCAAGUGCUGGUUUAGACGGCAUUCCAGUUAUAACUCGUAAAAACAGUACAAGUAGUCUCAGUAGUGGCACUAGUGGAAUUGAAGAGAUUCACCUGAACAAAACAUGUAAUAGUUACUGCAACAGUAGUGAUGAACCAACCAGUUUUGAGAAGAUAAGUAACAAGGAAAAAGAAAAAGGUCUGGAUAAAGAAAAUGUAAAAUCAUCUAAAGAGGAAAAACCUUUCUUUGAUGCCCGUAGAAUAUUUCAGUCACAGACAAAAGAUACCAACAAGCGAAGAGGACAGUCAAAGCUUGCCGAUGAAGAUAGUGGACCUACUAUACUGAAUAAUGGAAAACCUUCCUAUGCAGCAUGGUGCUCAUCAGCUGCUCACAAGAAAUCAACUCAUUAUAUCAAUAAUAAUCUUCGUGACUCACAAAAGAAAACCAAUCAGAAUCCAGCUACAGGGCUAAAGGGUCAGACUAUUUUGCCAGAAAAUGUCUAUCCUCAGUCACAGCCAAAAUCUGAAAAGCAAACUCGUACAAGACAAGGCUCGGCGAAGAAUAGGUCAACAACUGCCAAGAAUGAGAUGUCUUUACAGACUUCUUUUGAUCAUGAACUAAUUGAUGAAUGGCUAAGUUUUCUAUAUGACAAGGCAAAACUUUGUCUCCAUCAACUAUGGACUCUUGUGUUAAUGGUGAUACUGCUCAUCUUCAGCAUCAUUGUAUACCUGGUUUCUGGCUGUGUUCAUAUAAGCAGUUGGUUGUGGGGUAAACUAUGGAUGUUCCUGGAGAAUAAAGUGUUUAAAGGAAAAUUGUUUGGUGGAGAUAGAUGGAGAAAAACAGUCACUGAUACACCAAAGAAGAUUGGACUUGAGGAAAAUAUAAGCUUGCCAGCAACAGGAGAAGAGGCCAUGCAGAGACUUCUUGCCUGUAAAGGAAAGGACCCUUAUAGUAUUUUAGGAUUAAAAUCUACUGCCACUGACGAUGAUAUUAAGAAGUAUUAUAGAAGACAGGCUGUUCUAGUCCAUCCUGAUAAGAAUCAACAACCUGGUGCAGAAGAAGCAUUUAAAAUUCUCGGACAUGCCUUUGAUCUUAUUGGAGAUGCAUCAAAGCGGGAGACAUAUGAUCGGCAGCUACAGGAAGCCAAGGAAGCUGAGGCAGCUAUGCGCGAGUUCAAUGACCUUUUGACAAAAUUACAAGAGAAAAUCCAUCAGGCCAGUAAUAUGAUGCGAUGUGACAAUUGUGGAGGUAAACAUAAACGUGUGCCUAUAGAGAGACCAUGGUAUAGUGCCCGCUUCUGUGAUAGAUGUAAAAUACGUCACUCGGCCAAAGAGGGAGAUGUUUGGGCAGAAACCUCCAUGUUAGGAUUUCUCUGGCAUUAUUAUGCUUGUAUGGAAGGAAAGGUCUUUGAUAUUACAGAAUGGGUUGCUUGCAAGAAAGAGUUUUUCAAGCACAUGCAAGCUAAUGCUCACCAUGUGUUUUAUCGUAUUGCUACUGAAGGUAACCGUGGACACCGAGGACGAUCAAAUAAUGAUAAACAUGGACAGGAUGGGACUGGUGCUGGUUCGGAAGACCUGGAAGACUUUAUAAGUCAUCUGUUUCACCAGGCAAUGAGCACAGACGGAACACCUUCAACUCAAUCAUGGCAACCUCCACAGUCUAAUGGUCAAACAUGGAACUCAACUGCCCAAUCUCAUCCAACCAAUACAGCUGCAGGAAAACGUCAAAGAAAAAAGAAGAAGAAACAUUAACAGACAUGUCUAUUAGGAAUUUAAGAAUUUGCCUUAUGAUUAAAUUGAAUAUUGAAUGGUAAAUGAUAACUGCCUAAAGCUUUUGUCUGAUAUAUCAGUUGCUGAUAUUUAUUGGUUUGUUAACAGAGAUGAGAUUUAGAUAAUUUACUGGAUGGUUAUUUGGUACCUUGGUUAUAACAUGUUUGAAAGAAAAACUCAAAUAAAAGUUUAAUCAGGGGACUGUAAACUGUUCAGGAGAAUUAUUUUAUUGGCUUUCAAAAAGUCGUCUGAGACAGAUUUAAUUCUGUGUAAAUUAUCAUGUUGUAUUUGGUAAUGUACCGAAUGUAAAAUGUCUCCCAACAGCACUCUAAUACUUCUGUUGAAUAUGAUGAAAUUAUCAAAGUCUUAUAUAGAAGCUUAAGAGCUCUCUCUCCCUGUUUAUGAUAUCUGACCAAAUUUGACUUACAAGUUCUGUUAUGCUUUUUGUUUCAAUAACAAUAUUAGAUGUUUAGAUAUUGGUUCUAAUACCGGUAUUACAAGAUAAUAGAUGUAUAAACUGUUAUAACCAAGUCAAUACAUUUCCCUGACUUUUAUCUAUACCAGUCUAUUCUCAGAUUAUUAUCCAUAAAUAAUGUAAAACAUAUGCUUUAUACAUGUUUAUCACAUAUACUAUGGUGCAGGAGUGUAAUAAAGUCAUGUUAAUAAAAACGAUAUUACACUAGUGUAAUAGCACUUUGACGUGAUGUCAUUUGUGUUAUAUACAAACAUAGCAUUAGAGCGUGCUAAUGUUAGCGUUAUACUAUAGGCGCGUCAUUGAAAAAUGCCUCAUUUUAACUGUAAAUUUGUAUAUGUGAUAAAUAGAAUAUCAUAUUUGUGUAGAUUUAAUACUAAAUUUAUUGAACUUGUUGAAUAAAACAAUAUUAUUUUCGCCAGAGGAUUGUAAAAUAUGAUUUUAUUCAACUUGUUCAAUAAAUUUAGUAUUAAACCUACACUCAUUCAUUAUCCUCUAUAUAUAUCAUUUAAAUGGUUAUAAUGGAUAACAUAUUUUUUUCCUGACAGCAUCUUGUAUGACUUGGAAUUGCACAAUUUAAUAAAUUAAGUUAUAUAUCUUGAAAAGAAUACACAUCAUUUACCAUUUUACUUCUGUAAGGAAUUUGUAAAAGUGUUUUAUUACAGAAACUUCCUUCCACUGAUAAGCCAUUUUUUUCUUGGUACACAUAUAAAUUUAUAUCAUUUCUGUAUUUAAAAAACAAUAACUUUAAGUAUGUAUGAUUGUUCAGCAUUAAUGUCUUCCCACCAGCUUUAUCAUGCUUCAUUUCAUUUUUUGUGUGGUAAAGUUUGAACCAUUACUUUGCUAUAACUAAAAGUGAUUAGCCACUGCUACCAGUAUAGAUCCAGGCCAGCCUGCAUAUCCAAACAGUUUGACCAGGCUCUAUACUGUUGGUUGCUCAAUUUAUUUUAUUUUGAUAAUGAACUUUCAAUUUCUAUCGAUCUGUUCCACACUCAAAACUGGGCAAAUCCAUUACACAAAGUAGGAAGGUUGAGGGUUUAUAGUGUAAUUGAAUGAAACUAGAAUGUUGUUUUGGAGCAUACUGAAAGUUUCUAGAGUGAAUGUUGACUUUGGAUAUGUCAUGCUUGCUACACACAGUGGUAUAAUUCCAAUUUUGUGCUCAUUUGCCUACAGAGUUUGCUACAAAUAUGGCCUUCAUUGACCUAGAUGUUUACUUAAUACUGCUCUUUGGUUGCCAAUACCGUUAACUCUUUGGUCGACAUUUGCAAUUUUUGGUACACAGAUGAAGUACCAUAGAAUACAAGCCUAGUUGGAAUAUAAACAUAUUACUAAGUCUUUCAAUUCUUAAUUUUUAUUUUUUUAAAGUUUUUAUUGAUAAACUUGAAUAAGAAAAGUUCCAGCUAUUCAGAAAAGAUAUCAACUGUAUUUCCUACAAACAGCUGUUAUAAUCUUCGAUCUUUAUAUGAACUGGACAAAUUCUUGGAUAUAUGUGAAUUAAAUUUGUUUCAAGAAUCUGAGAGGUAAUAUAACGGUACAAGCAACUACCUACUUGAUAAGCAGUCUUAUGUUGCCGUCCAAUUGACAGCCAGUUGAUCUAUAAAAGUAGUGUAUAAAAAUCAUAUAAUUAUGCUGUUAUUAUGAAACAUUAAAUUGACAUAUUUUCAUAAAGUAAUGUAAAGAGCAUUUUAAUACUAAAGAACUUUUAAACACUGACGCCAAUUUGCUUAUAUUUGUCUUACCGAUAUUUACACUGUUUAUUUUGGACAAAAAUAUAAUCUUUCACAAUGAUCAACAGGACAAAAUGGUGGCUAGAGUGCAUGAUUUGAUGAAAAGAUAACGCAGCCCUAAUUUUCAGUUGCUUGUCUCGUUAUGUUAUAUCCCAUCAAGAAUGUACAUAUAAUUGUUACCGGUAUUAUUAGUCAAGAAUUUACUGUUUGAAUAUGUAAAUGCUCUGCAUGUGUGAUAGAACAGUGAAGUAUUAAAUGUUUAGUUUGUCAUAAAUAUAUUCAUGUGUUUAGAAUAUUGAAAUGUUGUCUGUGCCAAAUGUCAAGUUCUAGCUUGUCACGGUGAUAUAGAAUGUUUGUAUCUCCACACUGUUCUUGUCUAAUGCUACUAUUAAUUGCAUUGUUUUGUUAUCACAUUAGUUUUUAUACCAUUUGUACUUUAUAACCUACCAGAGUUGAAAUAUACUGAUUAGAACAAAUAUUUGCUUUAGACAGUAGAAUUGUUUCAUUUACCUUUUACUUAUGAAAUGUGUUUUUUAUAUGAUUAUAAAUAUGUUGUAAUAACUUUUGCACUGUUGAAAUAAAUGCGAUGUAUAGAAAUCUUAAAAAUAUAAAGUAUUUAAACAAGUUCAAGGUUAAUUUUUAAUAUUAAAUAGAAGAAUACUACUUAUUUUAAAGCUACCAACUAUUAUUUGUAUUCCUAGUUCCUACUGUAUAAAAAUAAUGUUAAAGAAGUUUCUGUUUUGCACAUGACUUGAUGGUUUGGUGAUUGUUAUCUUUAACCAUUUUUUUCUAGAUUUAAUUCAAAAAUGUCAAAUCCUUAUAUUUUUCUAUUUUCUAAAUCUACAUACAUCAUAUUAGCAACUAACAAUUGACUUAUUAUGAUCAGGGCUCACACCUGGCUUUAAAAAAAUGAUAACCAAUAUUUUCAACUUGAAGGAAUUAUAGCCAAACGUUCAGUGGACUAUUCAUGAUUUUCCAUUAUUAACAUAAGCAAUUGAUUAAAUGUACAUUUCAUUUAAAACUUUUUCAGUUUGAUAAGGAUACUCAAAAUAAACUGAUAUAUUGAUACCCCACUUUUUUCUUACCUUGUAAAACAUUGUUUUUCACUGGCGACUUAAUACAAAAAUUUCAAAAUGUGCAAUUUCGGUGAGUAAUUCUCCCAGCAUGUGACCGAAAAAUAGGCAACAGUCCGGUCAAAUUGACAUGUAAUCAUGGCAGGCAGACACACUUUUAUCUGGAUUUAUCAAUCAGCAGUCAAUUAGGGAAAUUUUUAAAGAAAAAUAUAAGCAUUGGAAAAAUAAUUAUAAUGCUCUUUUAUAAAAAAAAAAUUUGCCACUUUCCAAUAUUUUUUCAUCAUUUGCGGACUUGGUGAAUUGCAGCCAAAACCCUGAAAAUGUAAUGUCAUCAUGUUUAAAAAAUGUCCAAGUAUUAUUAGAAAUGAUUUGUAUCAAUGAUGCAUGUCUGUAUUUUAACAUAUAAUUGAAGCGCGUUAUUGACCUGUGUCUAUAUGUUAUAACAGUUGAAGGUGCAAAUGACUCAUCUUGUGUCUAUAUAUUAUGAUUAUUGAAGAGUGUCACUGAUGCAGGUAUCUCAAUAAUGCAUGUUUUUGUUAUAAUAAAUGAUGCAUGUUAAUAUGUUAUAUUAAAUGAAGUAUGACAAAUGUUUAUUCAUAUCAGCUUUCAUAUACAUGUAGUUAUAUCAUUAGUUUGCAAUUAUUGCGUGAUACAUGAUAUCAUAUAUAAGGGUGCUUUCUGUUGUUGUUUAAAUAAAAGAAUAUAUCAUCUCAUAAUGUAUCUAUGAUAAAAAUAUACCUAAAAUAUCAUUUUUUUAGAGCAGUACUGUAUAAGUUGAUUCAAAUAUAAACUAGAAUUGUUGUUAUAUCAGGUUUAUUUAACAGUUGUCAGGAUUUUCUUUAAACUUGCCCAACAUAUCCAUCUGAAUAAGGCUAGUUAUGAGCACAACCCAUACCACCCUUGUGCCAACUCAAAUUCAAGUUCCCACUUGAGGGUCAGUUGUCACAGACAAUUUUGUGUCUGGUCUAUGAAUCCUAUAACCUGUUAAGACUCUUCAAACUUAGUAUAAAUGUUCAUCUUCUAAAAUAAUUAUGAAUAGACUAACAUAAGAUCCUGUGUCAAACACAUGGCAGGGUUUUUAUCACUACAUUAUGUACUGAGUAAUCUUUAGUUGUAAUAUUAGUAAUUUAAGAUACCAACUAAAAAGAAAUAGAUUAUAAUAACAUAGUUACCUUGUUUGAAAUUCCAUUUUUUUCACUUUUUGUGCCCUUUUUCUAUAAUGAAAUAAUUUUACAAUGUUUGAAUUAACUUAUAGUAGUUUUAACUGUUACUUUUAUCUAAUGAAAUCUCAUUUGGAGGCAUGCUUUAUCAACAUUUGAUUCAUCAACCUUCUGGCAUUAACACAAAACUUUAUUGUAUUGUAAAUAUACAUAUGAUAAUUUUACAAGCUUACAUAAAUACGAAUAUACAUAGUUAUUUUUGGAGAGUGUACGGUGUUUCUCUUGUUUUGUAGUGUUUUCAAUAAUUUGUGUGCACAUAACCUUAUAUUUCCGUUAUGCACGAGUAAACUUACAUUUGAAUAGUGAUGUUUUGUGACUUGAUUUGUAAAUUAUAACAAGAAAUGGUAUAUAUGUGCUUUAAUAUGAAGUAUAGAUCUUCAUGUUACAUAUAAAGUUAACUGUUGAGAACAAAAUAUAAGAACAAUGUGCUAUAAGAUGAAAUGUUUGUAUUUAUAGUGUAUUGGUAGCCAGCUGAUUGAUAGUUCCUAUACGUUUGUUUUGUUAAAUGUUCAACAUUUGUAUCAAGUAAAGUUCUUUCAAAACAUU